AUUGCUUAGUAAAACGUGAAGUUAAAUGUGAAUUACAAGUGUAAAAUACUUAACAAAAAUGACCAUAAGUAGCAUUGUUUCUCAAGUCAAGUUUUAUUGUGAAGGGAGUGACAGGAAGUGGUAGUUGUUGUAAUGUGGGUGACUUGUCACCGGUGUGCUGGGGCCAUCAGAACCGCUGCAGGUUGGACUCCAAGCAGACCGAGCAGAGCAGCGGCCGCUCACUCACUGAUGGACUAACCUGGAGCUCUCAUUCUAACACGCAGGCUGAGAUCAAACAAUGACAAUGCGGUGGUUCCUAAAGGUUUUGAUCCUCACGCUGGCCCUGUCAAGCCCGACCAGAUGCCAAAACAGAAGGAGGAAAGGCCAGAGAGAUGAUAACCAGGUCAUCAUUAACGAGGCCAAAACCCUGAUCUGCCCGGUGGAGAUCAUGUUCAUCGUGGACAGUACCGAGAAAGCCAAAUCUCUGCAGUUUGAGCGCCAGAAGGACUUCAUCCUGCGCUUCAGCACCAAGCUGAUGCAGCUCCAAUCGGCCGGCUGGCGUCUGCGUCUGCGCCUGGCCGCUCUGCAGUACAGCAGCAGCGUGUCUGUGGAGCACAACUUCCGCGACUGGCAGGACGUGGACGUCUUCCAGAGCCGGGUGGCCGCCAUGACGUUCAUCGGCCACGGCACCUACUCGGCCUACGCCAUCGCCAAUGCCACGCAGGUGUUCAACCGUGAGACGUCGCCCAGCAGCCUGAGGGUGGCGCUGCUGAUGACGGAUGGAACGGACCACCCGCGCAGCCCCAGCGCUGUGACGGCCGCAGCCGAGGCCAAGCAGCACAACAUCAGGGUGUUCACCAUCAGGCUCUCGGGCCUGCCGAGGGACGGCCCCAUGGGCGCAAGACUGAGAUCCAUCGCCAGCGCCCCCCCACAGCAGCAUGUCCUCAGCCUCACCGACAGCCAUCUAGAUGACAGACUCUUCAAGGAACUGAACACAAUUGUCAAAACUGGGUGCCCCCAGCCAAAGAGCUGUCUGUGUGAGAGGGGGGAGAGGGGUCACCCUGGAAGCCCGGGGAAACCAGGCGAGCCGGGCUCUGACGGAGCUCCAGGUCCAAAGGGAUCUCGUGGGGAACCGGGCAUUAAUGGACGUCCAGGAAUGGAGGGCCUUGAGGGUCGGCCUGGCAGCAUAGGGGAAAAGGGAGAACAGGGUGAAUGUGGUGCCCCCGGUAAAAAGGGAGAGCGGGGUGCAGAUGGAGCUCCUGGCCCCAGAGGCCCCAGAGGAGAGCAGGGAGCCAGAGGAGCAACUGGAGACCAGGGUCCAGAGGGGACACCUGGAUCUAAAGGUGACCGAGGACUGAGGGGAGCAUCUGGACCUCCAGGAGAUAAUGGCAUUGGGUUCCCUGGUCCCAAGGGUGACAAGGGAAACCAAGGAAGACCAGGUCCUCCUGGACCAAUGGGUAUGGGUGAACCAGGGACACCAGGUCCAGCAGGGCCACCAGGGAUGCAAGGAUCGCCGGGGUUUUCGGGUGAGGGUCUCCCAGGGCCCAAGGGCGACCGGGGGUAUGAGGGUCCCAAAGGCAGCCGUGGACCCCCAGGAGUCGGAUACAAAGGUGAUAAGGGGAACACCGGAGCACCGGGGCUGCCAGGCUUGGUGGGCUUUCCAGGGGCAGGCAUGCAAGGAGAUAAGGGGGACCACGGGCCACCUGGGCCUUCUGGUCCCAGAGGACCUCCUGGACUGGGUAUAGCUGGACCAAAGGGUGACCAGGGUUUCCCUGGAGAGCCGGGACCUCAGGGAGAUAGGGGUGUUGGUGAACCAGGACCAAAGGGAGAGCCCGGGCCCGAUGGGGCUGCUGGGAUACCUGGCAUUCCUGGGGAGGAUGGAGCUGUUGGGCCUAAGGGAGAGAUGGGGUUGCCAGGUCUGCGAGGCCUAGAGGGAGCACCGGGCAAAGGCUUUCCGGGAGAAAAGGGGGACAGAGGUGACCGUGGAGCGAGGGGACUUUCAGGGUCUCCAGGCCCCGUUGGACCUGCUGGAGCUAAGGGAGAGCCCGGGAGUCCAGGGAUGAUGGGCCCACCUGGACCGGCCGGGCGUGGCUUACCAGGAUCCAAGGGGGAUCCUGGGCCUGUAGGACCAGCUGGACCUGUUGGAGAACAUGGAGUAGGAAUCAUUGGCCCGAAGGGUAACAAAGGAAACAUUGGACCUGUGGGGCCGCCAGGAAUGAAAGGAGAAGGCUUCCCAGGACCACAGGGGCUGCCUGGCUUACCAGGAGUGCAAGGAGAGAUGGGACCUGAAGGGAAAGGACUACCGGGAGCCAAGGGUGACCGAGGCUUGCCGGGCGUGCCGGGGCCAUCGGGCCCUCCUGGAGUUGGGCUUUAUGGACUGAAGGGCUCUACAGGGCAGCCUGGCCCACCAGGCGUGAUGGGGCCUCCAGGAGAUGGCAUUCAGGGACCAAAGGGAGAGCCUGGGUUUCAGGGGCCAAUGGGCCCUCGGGGUCCACCAGGGGAUGGCCUUCCAGGGGAGAAGGGUGACAGAGGCAUUGCUGGAGACCGGGGAAGGAAAGGAGACAAGGGAGACUAUGGAGAACCGGGAUCUACUGGACCAAUGGGGAGGGCUGGAGAAAAAGGAGAACCAGGACUGAAGAGAGAAGAGGUCAUCAGGAUUAUAAGGGAAAUCUGUGGCUGUGGUCUCAAGUGCCGAGCGAGCCCUCUGGAGCUGGUGUUUGUGGUCGACAGCUCCGAGAGCGUGGGACCAGAGAACUUUAAGCUGGUGAAGGACUUUGUGAACGCCGUCAUCGAGCGGCUGCCUGUGAGCCGAGACGCUGGUCGGAUCGGCGUGGUGCUCUACAGCCACGUGGACAUGGUGGUGGUCAGCUUGCAGCAGCAGCUCAGCCAGGACGACGUCAAGGCCGCCGUCAGGAAGAUGCCGUACCUCGGCGAGGGCACCUUCACGGGCAGCGCCAUCCAUCGCGCCAACCAGCUGUUCCAGGCCUCGCGGCCUGGCGUGAGGAAGGUGGCGGUGGUGUUAACGGAUGGCCACGCCGACGCCCGCGACUUCAUGCAGUUUGAAGAAACGGCGAUGGAGGCCCACGCUGAGGGGAUCGAGAUGUUUGUGAUAGGAGUCGCGAACAAGACGGACCCUCUCUAUGAAGAGUUCCAGGCUCAGAUGGAUGUUAUUGCUUCUGACCCUGAUGAAGAGCACGUCUACCUCAUAGAUGACUUCAGGAUGCUCCCCGCUCUGGAAAGCAAAAUACUGAGUCGGAUUUGUGAGCAGGAUGACACAAUGGCUUUUCUACCAAACUCUGUCUUUCCACCGAUGGAAAUCCAUCCUAAGGCUCCAGAAGACAGCCGCUCCAAAGAGUUCCCAGUGGAGGAAAACAUCCAACUUGAACUCCCAGUGGAGACAGUAACUGCCCCGACCCCCCUGCCCCACGAGGCCCGGCGGCCCGACGGGAACCUGCUCGAUACUGAGCCCUGGAACCAGCUGCCGGACAUCACGCCGGGCUCUCCUGGGGGCCCCGGGGCCAUCUCCGUGGCGGGUCCUCAGACUCUCACUGACUGGCUGUACGAGGCUGAGAGCACAGAGGCUCCAGCCAGCGCGCUCCCUCCCCCGCUGACACACUCAGCGCUGCCAGAUCGGGGGUGCAGUCAGCCUCUGGACCCCGGUCCCUGUCGGCAGUACGUAGUCCGGUGGUACUACGACCCUGAGGCCAACGCCUGCGCUCAGUUCUGGUACGGAGGAUGUCAGGGCAACGCAAACAACUUUGAGACUGAAGCCGGCUGCAAGAAUUCCUGUGUCUACACGUAACAAACUGUGAGUUUGGAGAGAAGGGUGUGUGCAGAGCUAACAUGCUCCAUUACCACUGAGGAACACAACAGACUGAUGAUGCAGACCAGCAGCUCACUCUGAACCAGAUGGUGAUGAAGAGCAGACUUGGCCCUCCUCAGUGUCUCUCAGGCUACGUUCACACUGCAGGUGCUCCUGCUCAGUUUUCAACUGCUGCACAUGUACUAACUGUCUGAUCAUUUUGGACAAUACUUCUGUCUGCUCUUGGAUUUACACCUAAAUAUAUAACUAAAAAAGAAUACAGGCUGACAGGAGUGUCACAGGACAGGUUCAAAAUGUCGUCCCCAAACUGAAAUGCUUUUGUUUUUGCUUUUUUUUGUUGUUGCCUCGUCGUCCUCCAUGCAAACACUAACCCUAAUCCCUCUUUACACUGGACUGGAAAAACCAGGGGCAUGUCAUGGUUUCCCCCAGAAACGUUGUUUAGCCUGGUUGCAAGUGUUUUUUUCUCAAAGAGGGCCCUGCAU